UAAAUAGCGCAGAAAUCAAACUAUAUACAAUUUCAGCAUGACGUUGCGAUUCUACGGCUUUUCUACAGUUUUAUCACAACUGCACGUGCGCGGUCAACCACAAACUCGCGCAGUCACGGCGGCAGGCGGUAUCGGUUAUCUUCUGUAACGUGCAACUUUAAAAAAUGUUACCGACUGUAUAUACGCACUUGUUGACCGCCUGUACCCGACUCGCUGCGUUUCACUGUGCUGCACAGAAUUAGACUUAGUGUGACGCCGUGUGUAUCGUUCUCCCCUCCCUCCUUCUGCCUCUCUCUUCUCAUCUCGCAAACUACCGCGCGUUGCCGUCGCCGCGGCCGCUGCCGUUGAGUUGAGCUACGUCCGCUUGCCUCGCCCGUAAGCGUAAAGCCUCUCCGUGCCGGUGGCUUUCUGGCCAAGAGGAGACCGUAGAACGUGGCUCCUUGCGCUGCGUGAAGCCUUUCCGAUACAUCCACUCGCCGCUAGAGGAUAACGUCCUGCGUCGUCUGCGUCGUCUGCUUCAACGUUGAACGCGUCGACGAAUAUCGGAACUUCUGCAGUGCAGACGAUAUUGUGUGUGCUGGAGUGUUCGGCUUGUCGCUGAAUCUGCGUCGGCGUUGAAGGCAUAGCGCACCCUAUGAUAUUGCAGAGGAGAACAAGCAACAUUGGAGGGGUCAGACUUAUAAGCAAAGACAACUGAUAAUAACCCGAGAGGAUGAAGCGGAAAGGAGUGAUGCACUGAUCGGAGCAGCGGUUCGCACUAUUUAAAACAGGCGACCUCCUGUUGCUUGUGAGGACGAGCCGAUGAGUCGGUGACAACCCGCAAUGGAGCGGCGAAUCCCCCACGUCCGGGACGUGUUCAGCGACAUGCGCUCCUACGACUACUCGCCCCGGUCGAGGCGCAAGGAGUCGGACAGCCCGCUGCCCGCGCCGCGCCACCACGCGCCCAACAACAACCAGCACCAGCAGCAGCAGUCCAAUCAAAAUCGACACCCCGACAAGACGCCCAGCGCCCCUGGCGGCGGCGCGGGCACUACGCCGAACGCUCUGACGGAGCGCGACUUCCGGCACCUGGAGCGCCACCUGUCGAUGAAGAAGACCAUACGGAAGCAGAUCAGCCGCAACUUGGCUCAGGCUUUCGUGGAGGAUCCCAAGGUGCUGUGCAACAAUGCGGUCAACAACAACCACAGCCGGCAGCCGCCCGCUCAGCAGCCGCAGGUCAUCACGCUCACGAGGGCCAAGAUCGCGCGCUCGGACCAGACCUUCCUGGACAUGCUGAAGGAGCCCAGCAACAAGCCCGUCGAGGACAACAACAACGCCGGUCGCACCGUGACCGAGUCCUGCUCGUCCAACCAGCAAUCCUUCUGGAAAUUCCUCGGCAUCAAGGGCAAGGGCAAACGAUGAACAAGCGGCAAUGCUUCACUGGCCAAGCCAGGUCUUGACCCGUUGGCGUGGAGACGAACCAACUGGCCAUUCUCUGCGACCGUCGGUUUUUUUUUGUUUGUUUUGCUUUUUUUAAGGCUUCCAGUGUGAAUGUUUUAAUACGUGAAUGUUAUUGUCUCUGCCCUAUCUUACUUCGAAAAAGAAAUGUGCCGUGAAUUAUUUUUCUUUCUUUGUUGGAGGACGUGACUGGCACGCACGCCUUCGCGCUUGUCAAAGAACAUACGCGGGACGGUCGCAAGACGAAAGUCUUUGAGGUGUUUGCGUGCAGGUCAGCUGAGCAGGUGGCCGCGAUGGUGCUCGAACAAGGAUACGCCUGCUAGGGAACACACCGGCUCGCUCUCGACGUUUCUAAGAGGUUUGUGGUAGAACGGCUAGUCCUUUAGGUUGGUGAGAAGACGUGGGCGUUGUGCGCGAGACGGCCAUGUCGGGAGAGGCGGUGUGACAUGAACUUUUCCCUAGCGACGCUCGGACUGGAUCGGUUCCAUGGGCCCGUCAUUUCGUUCGGUCCGUGGAGGGUUUGAGGCCGGCCUGCUGCCCGACACCCGUGCAACCGAGUUUGUGAGAACCUAUCGGCACGCCCCAGGACGUUUUUUGCGACACCCAGCGGCCUGCACCGUACACCGAAUCGACAACGAUCCGUCCGUCUCACGGUCUUUGACCGACGCGUCACAAGGACCUCGGUGCACAACGUGCCCGCAACCCCUGGUGGCGGAUCCCUGUCACAGGUGCAUUACGCGAGAUUGUGGCGCAUUAGGCCGUCUUAGACAAUCGUCUCUUCGUUCUUUGGCUGUCUGCUUCGAGUGAUUUCGUCGGCGUACUUGCUUGGACCUGUGCGUUUUUUCUGUCUCUAGGUCUACUUGACGCUCCUUUCGUGGCAUCCAACACGAGCCUUCGUGUGGACAAUCACGUGAAUGCUAUUACACAAAUCCUUGGCGUUGAGCGCUGGCGUUUGGACAUUUGUAACGCCAAGUCCACAUGUUGAAUGGCGACUUGAGGCAUCGCCGAUGAAGGCACUGCCGGUUGCACUAGAUUGCGGUGAGGACUGUCAUCUGCAUAUAGUGCUAUGCUAUUGCCUCAAAGGCAUCUGUUUUGACGGGAGUUUCUCUCGUUGGCUGUACGAUGCUGAAAAUGUGGCUUGCACAGAUUCCCAAUCGGAGGAUGAGUGCCCCUUUGCAUUUUUGCUAGCACGUGUACCACAACCAGGACAGCCAUUUCCAGCAUGUGCAUCUUUAGAAAUGAAGGACAUUGUUAGUACCGUGUCUUUCGUGGCAAAGGCCGCAGUCUUGUGCUGAGGCCUUCCCCUUUACGCCGGAAAGGCGGCCGCAUUCCUUAUAGUUGUAGUGAAUUGCAUAAAUUGCAGGUUACUGUUUCGUUGUGUUUCGCUAUAGCGUGUGUACUGCUUAGUAUUUUUUACUACUUGAAGGCGCCCCUAUGCUGUGCGCCAUUCAUCCUGUUUGUUCAGGGCCGUCUCGGCAACUCACACCAUUUGACCAGUUUUUUUUUUCUCACUUUAUCACUGAAGACAUUACUGUACCAUGCACUUGACUCUUGAAACCUUGGUGAAAGUUCCGUGCUGGUUGUUUUGUGAUAUGCUUUACAAGUUUCCGAUUAUUCUUGUAAUUAAAUAUUUGCUUCUUUGGUAUAUUUACGCUGGACGCAUUCUCAUCUAAUGGGCCUACGUAUAUGGACAAAUGCUUGCUUUCUUCAAGGGAGCUAUCACCUUUGUAAACAUAUUGUGCAUCGCAUGUCCGCGUGUCUUCUUCGAUACAAUUUUAACACUGAAUUGUUGAAGUUCGCUUUCGAACAGUUGACCAUGCAGCAACAGUUGUGAUUGUCAUCACUCGUUUUUCUUUAUUUCCGUGUCCCUGAAUGAACUCACUUUGGCAAGUUCGCCAGGAGCACGUUUUAUUGAAGUGAACUUAUAUAAAACGUGCCACCGUUAGUCUGAACAGAACACUCUCAUUUCGUAAGGAAAGCAAGCAGGCCAAGUCUAUCUGCACAAAGUUAGGAAAACGUAGCUAAAUACAUUUUCGCGUCAAGCAUAGGAUGGCGAUUCAUGCACACGCAUACAUGCAGUUAUAGUUAAGAGUAUGAAUAUCACUGCAACCAUGCGUCAUUUGAACUCGCUUGGUAACAAGUUGAACUCAGUGGCCAACCUGCUGACAUGUCGGCUACCAGCGCUUGUUUAUUCGAGAAUGACAAUCGGUGAUGCUAUUAUUGGCAAAGACAGGCAAUGGCAGUAACAGUUAUUGUAGCAACGUUCAGAAAUAGAUACUCUCUGGCACGAUUCCAUCGUGAUUCCCUGUUUUCUGCGCGAACGCGCAUACUACACUGCCAUCAGUCCACAAAACACAAGUCAUGUAUAAUCCGCUUAACAGAUGUUACACAAGAACAGUUUGCACAUGCGAGUAGCCUUGCUACUUCUCUGAGUUGAAAGCAUGAGUCCAUCAAUGUUGCCAGCUCUGAACUUUAUUGUGAGAUGGUGCUGCUACGGUUUAUGAAUAUAAUCCAAAUGUUCAUUCCUUCCUGCUGUAAAGUUCGAUUUUGUACUUUUUUACCGACGGCAAGCACACUGCUGCAGUACUCUUUUUCAUCGCUAGACCAUCAGGGUAAUCACAUCUUCCAUAACUUUAUCGUAGGUUUACACUUCAACCUUCAUAGUCUUUGCGUUCAUAUGAUGCUACCACAUGCGUCACCUUUGAUGAUUUACACAUUGUCGAGUCAAUGCAACAAACAUUGAAUUCUGAAUGCUGUAUCACUGGUUCACAGUGGGCCUUCCAUAGCACAUGUAAAAUCAGAUUUGACGAGCAUACUUAGCAGCAGUUUGCCAAAUGCUAACUGUUCCUAGCACUGUUUCUCUCUUGAACAAUGUAGAAAACAUGCAAAACAUGAUUUUUUUACUAGAUCUCUUUCAGCACUUAUAAAUUUGUUUCGUUAAUCAGCCUUAUUUGUCAAUAUAAGACACCCAGUCGCUCAACACAUGUUCCAGAGACAUGUAUCGCAUGCCUCUUGCCGAGAGCUAUGCAAAAAAUCUUGAGAGUGCCAAUGAGCACGCCGCUGGUACACUGGACAAGCAGCCUUUUGCAAGAGUGCCCUUUGAAGCUGACCGAAUGAAGUGAAAAGUACUGUCUGUAAAGGUACACAGCUGUACAUUUGAAGUAGUGAACUGAGCUACUUCCGGCUGAGUACGUCCAAAAACUCCCUGAGUAUGCCUUACCUUCACACUGCGUUAUUUUUCGACCUGGUGCAAUCACGUCUGCCCUGCCAUAAAAGUUUUUUUUUUAAGCGCAUAAAAUGGUCGAAAACAAGCUUUUCUGUCAGCUGGCACAGCAAACAGAUGGGUUUUGUUAGUGUUCAGAUGGCAUUCAACUUGCUUUUUUUUUGCUGUGCGCUAAAUUUUGAGAAGCUGUUCAGGCGCAGUCUGUGCAAUGUCCGUUUUUGAUGCAAGACAAACUGUUUCAAUAUGAUCGAGCUCUGGCAUUUCUUUUACCCUAAUGGGGAGUGUGUGACCGAUAUUGUACCCAACUCCGAUGUCUAAUCAUGAAGGAUUAUAUUGCAGACCUUAAUUAGAGUUUGAUGAGCGUUUGAAUAUUCAUGAAGUGUUUGAAAUCCCUGUGCGGUCCAGGGCAAUGUUGCCAUAACAGCAUCGUGCAUGGACUGAACGUGUGCUCUUGAACACCGUGCUCAGUUUGUCGCUAGGAGGUUUUAGCUUGUACAUAAACGUGCUCCUAUUUACUACUGGAAACGCAGACGUGGCGCCAUUUGGUGGCAUUGAGUUCAGCCAGAACGUACAAAAGUGUUACUGCAUGACGACCUAUGUUUUUCUCAGUCGCUGGUGUAAAGACCGUGGCAACAUCGUAAUCAUGAAAGUAUGUAGCGACUUUUUAGAGCGUAGGCUUCACCCGUUGCUGCAGCGGGCGUCGGCGUCCCUCGUAACCGAGUGAACGAGCACAGCGAAGGGUGAAAGAGCGAACGCAGAGCGCAGCGGGGGAUUAAAGACGGCGACGGCUAAGAGAGCGCGAGAAGGAAAGCGGAGGAGGAGGGUAUGGCGAAAGGGUGAGAAGAAAUGCGUAGUGCCACGCAAGACAGGCUCUGCAGCAACGACCGUUACAAGAUGGUUCCAGAGUAGCGCACAUCGUCUGUUCGCCAAUGACGCCACUGAUACCAUAUAUGGAAACAAAGCGUCGCAUGAGCGGAGGUCCGUUUGCGGCGGCUGCUGUGAAUCACACCAAGGCGUCACCCACGCACUGCCUCUCGCGGUGUCCCGAUUAGCGAGGCAGUGGCGCCACACUUCGCUCCGCUUGCAACGUGCCGCACCAAGACGGACUGUCCGCGCCAGCAAGUGCGUAGCGAAAUGAAAACACGUAUAGAGCUACGCUCAAAUUUCGCAUUAGGGGGUAGCGUAAUCGUGGGUGAAUUUCUUUUUUCCCGUAAGAGCAGUAUCGAAAAGAAAGUUCUGCUUUGUGGUUCAACAGACUGCCACAAAACGCGGCUUCCAGCAGUAAUGCUGCCGUCCAAGUUUCCGGUGUUUCGGUAUUGCAUAAAUCGCAGUGAUCUGCGCAAAAGCACUCUGAUAGUUUCACCUUGCUCGCACAGGUGUUGUUGCAUACGUAACGGAAUAUCGGAAACAUGGACGGCAGUAGCGACACUGGUAGCGACACCUUGCGACGCUUUUUGCCGAACCGUAACACGUCAGAAACGUUUAUGUCACGUGGGUGUUCUCGUCGAAGGAAAACAGACCGCAAGUUAGCGAUUACAUCAAGCGCCAACGCUUUACACCGCCUGCUAGUGGAAUAUGGCUGGUCACUGUAAUAAUAGCUUUGUCAUCCCCGCUUAGAGAAUAUGCCACACGAUGGCGCCACCAACGCGACUUGUCACUUCUGCGUUUCUAGCGUAAAACGUUUACGGACGAGCACAAACUUUCUAUUACGUUUCGUACAGCCUGUCCGAGAAACGUUUGUGACACAGGCAUUGGGCAGCGUGAGUUGCGUGUGUAAAAUUUAUCACUGCCUUCUCUUCGUUUAAAAGCCGCAUCCUUUGGGUUGUAACAGUUUCGAGAACGUAGCUUAUUGUGGUAGUGGAAAUGCCUACUUGUUCUGUGUCGGAGCAUCUCGGUGUUUGUGAUGCGCCGUUUUGAUGUCUUUUUUUUUCUACAACUGGCAAACAGAGAGCCAUAUUUACGCGAGAUUUAUAGAGCCAACACACACUACACACGAAAAGAGUGUCGACGUAAGAAAUGAGCGCCUGGCGAAAUGUGCCACCGGCGACGCAGGUAGAUGGCAAUGAUGUUUGUGUACAAAAAAAAACAACCUUCGAAUGAAUGUGCUCUGAAUGUGUGU